AUGGGAUAAAAAUUGUAAUUUUUCAUUUAUAUCGAAGUGUUCAAAUAUAAAUUGAAACUACCAUUCCCUUAGAUGGAUUAGAGAAUGUCAAUAAUAAUUUAAGAUAAACUAAAUUUGAUCUCAUAACAUUAAAAAAUGGAGAUAAGGUUUAUUAAAAAGAUGGACAAAUAUUACGAAUGUAAAAUAAGUUUAUAUUAAUUAGAGAGAAAAAUAAUAUAGGAUCAAAAAAUGAAGAAAUAAUCUAUAAUAUGGAAUAAUAAAAAUAUUUAGAGUUCAGAGGUCAAUAUUGAGUGAAAGGCUAUAAAAUCAAAUAAUGGAAUUACUUUUGGAAGGGACAAAAUAUUGGAGGGGGUUCUUACAAUAUUAUAGGAGAAAAGGAGGGUAAUUGGAUCGAUUUAUGUGAGAACUAUUGGGAGUAUUAAUUAUGACAAACUAAUUUAGUCAAAAAUAAAUACUAGAAGUAGGUUAUUAUUAAAAAGGUAAAAGAAUAGGUUAGUGGAGUUAUAAUUGGAAGAAUUAUAAAAUAUAAGAACAGUGAUUAAUCUCUUAGAGGAGGAGGAGCUCAUGAUGAAAAUGGUAAGGAGGUUAAAAUUGGAAAAUGGUUAGAACUGAGCGAUGGUUCUAAAUAGGGUUCUUGUCUCUCUGGGAAAUUUACAAAUAUCAAAAAUUUAUGUAUAAUAUACUAAUAUCCUCCUUUAGUGGUUAUUUUAGAUAUGAAAUAGAGAAAUAGUUACAAACUAAAAGUAUCAAUACUAAAUAUUGUAUUAGGAUUAAUAAUUUAAUUUAUUUUGGCAAAAUGAAAAACAAUUUAAAAGUAGGUAGAUGGGAAAUCUAUUAUGAAGGAGAUUAAAUGUAAAUUAUAUAUAAGUAUAAGGAAUUUUAUUUGAUUAGUGGUGGUGGAUCAUAUGAUAAUGAAGGAAAUUAAAAAAAGAUUGGAAAGUGGGUAGGAUUGGAUGAAGGGUUUAGGCAUGAGAAAUAAGUCAAUUAUAAUGUUGAAUACAACACGGAGAUUUUAUGAUUAAGAAGGUUAGAAAAAAAAAUAGGAAAAUGGAUAGAGUUGGAUGAAGCGUUCAAAGAUUAUAAUUAAAUCAUUUAUAGCGGAGAUUAUGAUCUGAA